GAACUUGCUGUUUACAGCAGAAGCUCACUUGGCACCUUCUUUCAUGCCAACAAUUUCGGCCUGAAGGACUGAAGUGUAGUCAUUUCUUUUAAAGCUAUGCACCUUCUGUGUAUAUAUUAAUACAGAAGCAGUCCUCCCUUGUUUCUAAUUCGCGCUUUGUUCCAUCGGCGAAUACAUAGUUUUCUUCAUUGGUACUCUCAUUCAAUAUUUAAAUUGCCACAAAUCUCUUUUUAUUGGUUGCAUUGCCAAUUUAGUUUUCUGUGACACCAAGCCUGAUUCCAACUAGUUCCUAAGGUCUGAAAUCUUACUGCUCAAAGAUUCUCCUAAACCACAAACUGUAAUCUAAAAAAUAAAUUGUUUCCUUUUUCAAAACCUCUGAUCUCUUCGAGGGUCGAAGUGGACAUCAACUAGCUGAAGGAAGUUGCUAUUCAAGAAAAAUAAUCCAAAUUACUGACUUUCUUUCCAUGAACAAAGUUCAAGUGGGCCACAACUCCGGGCCUUCCUCUAUCUGGUCAUAUCAGCAAAACCGAAAACUUUUACUUCGAAACUUUAAGAAUAUUUUGAGCAUCUUAUCUACUCUGGAUCUAUCUGUCUUCAACUACAUUUGUAAAAAAAACUUUCUUACAAUUUGAAGAAAAUAUUACUGUGAAUAAUUUGUAAGCUGGCAGCAAAUCAUAGCAGCAAAAAACUAACAUGGCUGACGAAAAUAAUCAGAAUCCAGACACAAAUCAACCCAAACCAGCGGUGAGAGAAGAAACAACCAACGAAAUUGCCAGUAGAGAUGAGGACAAUAAUCAGACGACAGAAAGCGGUGAAAACCCGGGGAACUAUCAGACCACAGAAAGCAAUCAAGACACGGAGAACAAGCAAAAUCCUGAAAACAAUCAAAAUCCUGAUGACAAUCCAAACACGGAGAUCACUCAAAGACAAGAAAACAAUCAAAACCCCGAAGAAAAUCAAAACCCAGAAUACAAUCCACCCCAAGCAGCAGAGAUGCCAAUAUUAUUUGAAGAAAUUGUUAAACCACAAACCAUGAAAAUCACACCAGUGGAAUCAGAAGCGUCGCCAGCAGAUACACCAAUAGUAUUUGAAGAAAUCGUUAAACCACACACCAUGAAAGUCACACCAGUGGAAUCGGAUGUGUCGAUUGCCAUAGAACCUACAGAAACAGCAAGUUUUGUCAACGCAGCGCCGCCUGAUCACGAAAAAAUUGAAGUAGAGGGUGAAAGAUCAAGGCUGCCGACGCCAGCGCCUUCCGAGAGAACUAUCUCUCGAAUAUUACCGUUGUCCGCAGAAAAGCAGCUGCAGCCAGACGAUAUAGAAGCGCCACCGGCACGACGCACAGAUAGUGUAAAGUCGAAGAGAACUGUGAGUCUGCUGGCAACCACAAGUAAUGUAGAUAAGAUAAUUGAAGAGGACAUACAUUUGACAUCAGCACAAAAGGCGGUAUUGCGACAAUUCGAAGGGAUGAUGAAGAAACCCGAACAUGAACAGGAGCACCCAGAAUUGCAUAUUGAAGAUAUUAUACAAGUGAAGCGUGCAUGGUUAAAACCAAUUGGACUCACCUUAGUUUGGUUGAUGUUCACCGUGCAAUUUAUUAUCUACAGAGAUUUACCGCGUAAUCCGACAUUAGUCUCACUACAUGCGGGCGAGCGGGUAGUAAUUAAUGUGCCCGCUAUAACGGCCACGGCAAUAUCAAUGUCUAUCAAGGGACCCUUUCUCGAAGAUGGUGAACUGAUCUAUGCGGGUAGGGAGAGCGAAGCGAAUUUCGUCUUCAUACAAGCGGUGCGUACAUUUUACGAUGAGAAUAUGACAGAGAUUAUAACGGUGAACAUUGCCGACUUGUGGCGCGAAUAUUUGGAUACAAGCAUGGAAAUCGACAUGAUCAAACCACGCGAACGUCUGGCUUUGCUAAGUUUAUGGAAAAAUGUUUCGAAAGAUAAUUAUACACGCAUGUUUUUAAAUGCGCACACCGAUAUCAAUGAAACCGUAACGAUCAAGUAUAAUUACGACUCGCUACCGGUGCCCACAGAGAAGGGUCUACUUUUUGCGCUACUCGUACUCGUACUACUUUACGGACUCUUCAUUUUCGAAAUAACCAAUCCGACGCUGUCAUCGUUAAUAUGCUCCACAUUCGCUUUGGCCAUACUCUCUAUAUUGAAUCCGAAACCGAGCUUCGAUACCAUACUCGAAUGGAUCGAUAUGCCGAUGUUGGCAUUGCUCUUCAGCAUGAUGAUCAUUGUAGCGAUCAUAUCCGAUGCGGGCAUGUUCGAUUUUAUCGCCGUCUACGCUUAUCAGAUAUCGAAGGGUAGCGUUUAUCGUUUGAUCAUGAAUUUGUGCUUCUUCAUUAGUUUGGUGUCAGCCUUUCUCAAUAACAGCACAACGAUGUUGCUCUCAUCACCGAUUACGAUUAAGUUGUGUGAAGUUUCCGGCAUGAAUCCGGUUUCGGUGCUCAUCUAUUUGAUGAUAUGUGCGAAUGUGGGCGCCGCUUUUACGCCACUCGGCAGUCCACCGAAUGUUAUUAUUACCACCAAUAGUUUUUUGCAAGAUCACGGCAUCACUUUCGGCGUAUUCGUGCUGAAUAUGGCGCCGUGCACGUUUCUAGUGUUGCUGCAGACAUAUUUCCAAUUGCGUUUCUAUACGGAACAUUCCAAGCUACUCGACCAUGAAUCGCAGACCAUACAGCAGGACGUAGUCAAUCGUGGCAUAAAGCGUUGGGAACGUGCCUCGUCGGCGAUCGGUAGUUUUUUGGCUGACGAUCGUAAGCUGCGUGGUGUUAUCAAUCGUGCGGUUGACAAGAUGCGUGCGGCUGGUAAGGGCAACUAUAAAAAGCCCAAGCCUGAUCCACUUCGUUAUGAGCACACACUGGCCGAGUUGAAGAAGCAUCACGGUGUAAUCGAUAAGAUUUUGUUGAUUAAAUGCGCCAUCGUCCUGAUAUUCAUCGUGUCGAUUUUCAUGUUGCGUUCAUUUGAUUUCUUCAAUGUUAUCGGUUUCUCUUGGACGGCGCUGCUCGGCGCCAUACUGCUGCUCAUCUUGGCCGACAUUAAUGAUUAUGAGGGUCUUUUAUGUCGCAUCGAAUGGUCGACAUUGAUGUUUCUGUCGUCGUUUUUCGUUUUGAUCGAAGUGCUUUCGCGUUUGGGCUUUGAAGACUUGAUCGGCGAGAAUAUUAUCAAAGCUAUCAAGAGUACGCCACACGAUUUUCAACUAUUGGUGGCGCUGUUGCUCAUCUUAUGGGUUACCGCGUUUGCUUCGUGCUUUCUCAACAAUAAUCCGGUUACGCAGAUGAUGGUGCGCAUUGUCGUGUCCAUAGCACAAAUUAAACCUUUGGCCUUGCCGUUGGGUCCACUCGUGUGGGCGCUGGUGAUGGGUGCUGCUUUUGGCGGGAACGGUUCGUUGAUUGGCGCUUCAGCGAAUAUUGUAACGGCCGGUGUGGCGAAUAAGCACUUGUAUAAGCUGACAUUCCGCUCGUAUUUCUUAGUUGGGUUUUCGGUUAUGCUCGUUAAUAUUUGCAUUGCUUCGGUGUACUUAAUUUUGAUGUAUGUAAUAAUCAGCUGGGAUGGCAUGAUUUUUGAAUAAAUUAACUGUAAUUGAAAUAUGCGUCAUAGCACGAUAUAUGAGAAAAUCUAGUACAUAUAUCUAGUAUACGACCAGA